UUUGGAUCUGUCUGUUCCCUCAGGUGUCAGUUUGUCAAGUCAGGGGACCUAUGGCUGCCUGAAGUGAAGGAUGAUGCUCUUACUUUUGCUCCUCAUCUACACUUCCCAGCAUGCCCUGGCUGUGGUGGUGGAGAUGAAUGCAGGGGAAAUGUCUGUCCUCCUGCCCUGUCAGUUCUCAGGUUUUAUACCUGAUGACCCCACAGUGAUGUGGACUCGCAAUGAUCUCGUGCCCAAAUCUGUCCAUGUACAACACAAAGAAGGAGAUGACUUUCAAGGACAAAACCAGCGUUACAGAGGGCGCACAAAAAUGAGGCCUGAUGCUCUGGACACUUCAGACUUCAGCCUCACUCUGAGAAAACCAGAAAUGACUGACAGCGGCAACUACACCUGCUCCAUCAGUGGUGGAAGAGGAGAACGGACACUGGAAGACGUAGAGCUGCAGAUCAAAGACCAACAGGUGGAGGUAAAGGUAGUGGAAGGCUCAGACUCUGUAAUCCUGCCCUGCAAAACAAAACAUGACCUGCCUGAGGACACCAGAGUGGAGUGGACUCGCUCUAACCCAGAACUCAUGCUGGUCCAUAUAUAUCCACACAAAAGUGACCAAAGUAAAAAACAGGAUGGACUUUACAGAGACCGAACUGCAGUGAACAAAGACCUGCUGAGAACUGGAGACCUCAGUCUGACCCUGAAACACCCCACAGAGAGAGACAGUGGAGGAUACAUCUGCACCAUCUACAGGGACAAAGACAUCCUGAGACAGAAAGUAGUGCUGCAGGUCAAAGGAUGGUUUCCACCCUGGGCCACAGCUCUCCUGGUUCUCCUGGUUCUUUUUGUGGUUUCUGGAGGUCUUUUAUUUCAUUUCCGGCACUAUUUCAUGUCAGUCUACAAGGUGGAGGUGGAUUCAGGGGUGGAGUCUGUCCUGCUCCCCUGCAAAACUGUAGCUCAUCUGCCAGAAGACGUUAAAGUGGAGUGGAUGGACAGUGAUGACAAGAAGGUCCACGUGUAUCAGAGCAGCUCAGACCACUCGGAUGAAAAGCACCAGGUUUACAGAAACCGAACAGAAAUGAAGAGAAACCUGCUGAGAACUGGAGACCUCAGUCUGACCCUGAAACACCCAACAAAUGAAGACAACUCCACCUACACCUGCACCGUCUACAACAGGGAGGGAAACAUCCUGCUGCAGAAAGAUGUUCUCCUCGCUGUCAGAGUCCCCCAGGUGGAGGUGGAUUCAGGGGUGGAGUCUGUACAGCUGCCCCUUAAAACCACACUUCACCUGCCUGAAGACGCUAAAAUAGAGUGGAAGGACAGUGACGAUGAUCAUCUCCACGUUUAUGAGAAACGCUUUGAUCAGCUUGAACAACAGGACCAGGUUUACAAAGACCGAACGAAGAUGAAUGAAGACCUGCUGAGAACUGGAGACCUCAGUCUGACCCUGAAACACCCCACGGAUGGAGACAACAGGACCUACACCUGCACCGUCUACAGCAGGGAGGGAAACAUCCUGCUAAGGAAAAAAUUGGAGCUUAAAGUCAAAGUCCCCCAGGUGGAGGUGGAUUCAGGGAUGGAGUCUGUCCAGCUUGGAGUGGAUGGACAGUUCCAACUACAGGAAGGUCCACGUGUAUGA